GAAUGCCCAUGGUGACCCAAAAAACAACCAUCGAGAGCAUUUGGGUAGGCCAUUACAGGGAUAAUCGUGCUAGAGCCCUUAGCUGGAAGCCCGCCGGCGAAAUAAAGAUCUCCAAGAAAAGAUUAGCCGUUGAGAGAAUGAUAACGGGAAAAAAAAUUCAAAUAAUGUUGAUAGAGACCCCCACAAAAAAGCAUCUGAAAUUAGGAUAAAAUAAACAGUUCAGUUUCAUUCGGUUACAGACAUUCAUUCUUUCUCUCAUUCUCCCUCUCUGUCGAUGUUCUGUUCUGUGUUUGUCUCUCUGUCAAUGUUCUAUUUUGUGAUUGUCUCUUUUCAAUGUUCUUUUUCUUUCUCUCUGUUUUGUUCAAUUUUCAUGUGCUUGGUUCGUUUUGUUUUUUCAUUUGUCUUUUGUACAGCGUGCACGCUGGUCUGUUUGUCUUUUUUUUUGGUGUUACAUUUUUGUGGCAGAGCAGAGGAAAGACCGAGGAGAGGAAGACGCAUAGCGACUGAGGGCAAAAUCUUCUUCCGGGCAUGAGAUGCAGGGCCUGCCAAGAGUUCAUAUAACCGAUGAAGAGAUGGGAAGUUUCUUAUGACCUGCUUCCUAGAUCAAAAGUAGCUGCUCUAGAAGGAAAACAUAUUUUCAAAACAGCUAACCCAGUGUUUGAAUUCUCUGUGUUCUCAGGAAAUGAGUUGAUCUUCACCUGCAUAGCUAAUCCAUUUGGAUUUUCUAUCAAGCACAGAUCCUAUGGAGAGGUUCUGUUCAACUCCUCGUAUGGCAGCUUGGUUUUCAUUAUCUGACUUGGCAUACAAGCUUAUUUGGGUUCGCUGGAUUUCUACUUCGCACAUGGGACAUACAGGUGCAAUGCCCUAUUGGGCUUCUGGAAAUGAGUUGAUCUUCACCUGCAUAGCUAAUCCAUUUGGAUUUUCUAUCAAGCACAGAUCCUAUAGAGAGGUUCUGUUCAACUCGUCGUAUGGCAGCUUGGUUUUCAUUAUCUGGUAAUCAGCACAAGCAGCUUCCCACAUCAGCUUCACUGUUACUUCUGUAUGAAUUGAUUAAUAAUAGGAAGGAUGAUUUUGGCUGGACUUGGCAUACAAGCUUAUUGGGGUUCGCUGGAUUUCUACUUCGCACAUGGGACAUACAGGUGCAAUGCCCUAUUGGGCUUCUGAUACCAGAAGGAAAGCAGAUACGGACCCGGGUGAAGCAGCAAGAUAAAGGCAACAUUGAGUCUACUCCAGCGGUUCCAGUUUUUGUAUUUAUGUAUACAUAUCUGUGUAUUUCUUUUCUGCACCUGAUGCAUGUAGCUAGUCUCACGGCUCUUUGUGUGGGACGCAUGUUUGAAUAUUAAUAAAAUACUUCUCCUUUUGAUGA